AUGGCGGCCCCGUACUGUUUCCCUGGCGAUACAGAAAUCACCAGCCCCGAACUGGGCAAAUACGGACACCUAAGUGCGAUCGAGGACCUUUGGUGUAUCUACGGGGCGUUUGGUAGUCUCUGGGAGUCGGGGACGGGGGACAGUCCGCUGGGGGGAAUGUUUGCCUUCGCUCGGGUGGAACGGCGGGCAGGACAACACAGGUGCUCGGAGAGCCGGAACAGCCAUACAGGUGUGUGUAUAGUCAGACACACCUGUACUGAGCCCACCUGCGGGAGGGACCCCCCGGGGAGGGCCAACUUCACCGGUCAGGUUUCCGCCGUGCAACAACAAGGGGCGGGCCACAAUGGCGACACAAUGGUCGCUAUGGUGCACCAGAGCGGCUCCGGCUGGUCCCCCGUGUAUGUGGAAGACAACCUGGGUGUGAUGUCUGUUGGAUUCCUGCUGGCCUCACCUGACGAUGCUGUCAUCUGGAGGGGACCCAAGAAAAACGGGUUGAUAAAACAGUUCCUGAGGGAUGUAGACUGGGGAGAGUUAGACUACCUGGUGGUAGACACCCCCCCUGGCACGUCAGAUGAGCACCUGUCCAUCGUACAGUACCUGAGUUCAGCAGGGUUGGAUGGGGCUGUCCUUGUCACCACACCUCAGGAAGUGUCUCUGCUGGACGUGCGGAAGGAAAUCAACUUCUGUAAGAAGGUUCACCUCCCUGUGGUGGGUGUGGUCGAGAACAUGAGCAGCUUCAUCUGCCCCAGCUGUCAGGGUGAGUCCCAGAUCUUCCCCCCCACCACGGGAGGUGCAGAGAAGAUGGCAGCAGACAUGGGGGUACCUUUCCUGGGCAGACUGCCGCUCGACCCCAGAAUAGGAAAGUGUUGUGAUGAGGGGAAGUCGUUCCUGUCCGUAGAGCCCGAGUCUCCUGCUGCAAAGGCUUACAAGGAGGUUAUACAGAGAGUGGAGGAGUUCUGUUCAUCACACAGCAACAAGGGAAACGUUCUGAAUCCAGUGGAGUAGCUGAAGUUACACAAGUCAACAUGCAUCAAAACAUAGAGGAGCUCUAACUAGUCUAAGGAUGUUUUUUUUUCAUCCUUGAUUACAUUUUAUUGUGCCAUCUCAGUAAACUAUUAUCUCUUUCUUGUGUGAUUUAUGACAAGUGUAGUCAUACAUGUACACCAACAAGGGAAUUGUUCUGAGUGGAGUAUCUGAAAUCACACGAGUCAACAGUCAUCAACACAUGAAAGAACAACUCUAAGCAGGGCUGCCUC